AAAAGCCUAGAGCACUCACUGGAGACUUUCCAAGGAGCUACUCGCACCUCCCAAAUGUAUAAUCCUGUUCCAAAGGUAAAGCAUAGAAAGAACAAAGCUACUCAGGACGGAGGACGCACAGGCAAACGCAGAAGGUUUGCAUCUAAUGGCUUCCAGGCUCCGGCUGUUACUCUCCCACCCCUUCCUGCAGUCUACUCCCCUACGAUUCUCCCCAUUACUCCGUAUUCUCAACCAAUCACAUACAUUGCAUUUCGCUAUGGUGCAUCUCACGGUCACACCGGAGUCGGCCUUAGCAGAUGAACCGGUAAAGAUCAAAGCUUGGGGCCUUCCUCCACAUCAGAUUGUUACCAUUAGAGCAUGGCUGAAAGAUGACAAAGGAGAGAUGUUUUACUCCAGAGCUUUCUAUAGAAGUGAUGAUGAAGGAAAGGUGGAUCUUCAGCAAUCCCCAGCCACUGGUGGAGAUUUUCAUGGUGUUCAUCCAAUGGGACUUUUCUGGACUUUAAAGCCGGUUACUCCAUACUUCAGGUUGAUGAAGCGGGAUGUCAUGGGGAGUUCCUUUGUUAUUCACCUGGAACUCUACGGUCAUCUGGAACUUAAUGCUAUGCCAGAAUGUUCUCCUGAAGCUACUGCUUGUCUGAGAAGAUGGUUUGUGGCUCCUGGGGUCCAAAGAUUGCAAGUCCGAGAAGGGCGUCUUCGGGGAGCUCUCUUCAUUCCUCCAGGUGAGGGGCCAUUCCAAGGAGUCAUUGAUCUAUUCGGAGGUUCUGGCGGCCUCGUAGAAUUUCGAAGCAGCCUCCUGGCUAGUCGUGGCUUUGCCACACUUGCUUUGGCUUAUUUUGCUUAUGAUGAUUUGCCAACGACCUUGGACUAUCUGGAUCUAAAAUAUUUUGAAGAAGCUGCUCAGUUUCUAAUCAGUCAUCCAAAAGUGUGCGGAAGUGGAGUUGGAGUCAUAGGUGUGAGCAAAGGAGCUGAGAUGGCUCUAGCCAUGGCGUCUUAUUUACCACAGAUUGCUGCUACAAUCUGCAUCAAUGGAACCGUGGUGAUUACCAGCAAUGCUGUCAGUUAUGGGGAUCUUAUCCUGCCUGGAAUUCCCUGGCAAAAGGAGAGGAUGCUUUUUACAUAUACUGAAGUUUAUGAAAUGUUUUGCAUACAAGAAGACCCAACAAAACCAGAAAUCCAGGACUGUGUACUUCCAGUGGAAAAUGCCAAAGGUCCCAUCCUCUUCCUGGUGGGAGAAAAGGAUAAGAGCUAUGACAGCUUACAUUUUGCUAGGGCAUCAUUAGCCAGAGCAAAAAAGUGCGGCAAGAUGGAUGUGUACAUAGAGAGUUAUGCCGGAGCUGGACACCUCAUAGAACCUCCGUGUUCUCCUUUCUGCCCUGUAUCAAGAAUACGUAUGUUUCCAGUUCCUGUACUGUGGGGAGGGGAGCUUGUGCCACACUGCCAGGCUCAGGAAAUCAGCUGGCCAUUAAUACAGGACUUCUUGCGCAAAAAUAUUCCAUGUUCUGAGAAGAAUAAAUUGUAAGAAAUAAUUGGUCAAAAAGAAUAAAUAA